AUGAGUGACUCACCCGAAGCCACCUCCCCGGCUGCAGCCCUGAGCGGCGUACCCUCAGCCUGCGUCUCCAAGGUGGAGCUGCGCGUCGCGUGCAAAGCCCUGCUGGACCGGGACACCCUCAACAAGUCUGACCCCUGUGUCAUCAUCAUGGUGCAGAACCAGGGCCAGUGGACAGAGUUCGACCGCACUGAGGUGAUCAAGAGCAACCUGCACCCCGUCUUUGCCAAGGUCUUGUCGCUGGACUACUACUUUGAGGAGGUGCAGAAGCUGCGCUUUGAGGUGUACGACAUCCACGGCACCCACACCAUCGGCACGCGCGACGAUGACUUCCUGGGUGGAGUGGAGUGCACGCUGGGUCAGAUUGUGGCACAGAAGAAAAUGGUGAAGCCUUUGUUGCUGAAGUACGGGAAGUAUGCCGGCAAAUCCACCAUCACGAUCCAUGCAGAGGAGAUCUCUGGGAACAAUGGCUACGUGGAGCUCUCCUUCUGUGCCAAGAAGCUGGAUGAUAAGGAUCUCUUCAGCAAGUCGGACCCAUUUUUGGAGAUCUAUCGGAUCAAUGAUGACGCAACCGAGCAGCUGGUGCACAGAACUGAGGUGAUCAAGAACAACCUUAAUCCAGUAUGGGAGCCCUUCAAAGUCUCCCUCAUCUCCCUGUGCAGCUGUGAUGAGGAUCGGAAGCUGAAGUGCCUCGUGUGGGAUUACGACUCCAGGGGAAAGCACGACUUCAUUGGGGAGUUUUACACCUCCUUCAAGGAGAUGCAGAAAAUCGGUGGAGGGAACAAGGUCACCUGGGACUGUAUUAAUCCCAAGUAUAAGUUGAAGAAGAAGAACUAUAAGAACUCAGGCAUGGUCAUCUUGAGCGACUUGAAGCUCCACAGAGUCUACACGUUCCUCGACUACAUCAUGGGAGGCUGUCAGAUUCACUUCACAGUUGCCGUGGAUUUCACAGCGUCUAACGGUGAUCCACGCAACAGCUGCUCGCUUCACUACAUCAACCCCUACCAGCCAAACGAGUAUCUGAAGGCUCUGAUCGCCGUGGGGGAGAUCUGCCAGGACUAUGACAGCGACAAAAGAUUUUCUGCCCUGGGAUUUGGUGCAAGAAUUCCGCCCAAUUACGAGGUCUCACAUGACUUUGCAAUCAAUUUCAACCCGGAGGAUGAUGAAUGUGAAGAGAUCCAAGGCGUGGUGGAAGCCUACCAGAACUGCCUGCCCAAAAUCCAGCUGUACGGGCCAACAAACGUGGCGCCCAUCAUCAGCCGACUCGCCAAGCUGGCCGCCAGCGUGGAGACCAAAGACGCCUCAUGCUAUCACAUCCUGCUCAUCCUGACGGACGGCGUAGUGACGGACAUGGCCGACACGCGCGAGGCCAUCGUGCGCGCCUCCUACCAGCCGCUCUCCAUCAUCAUCGUCGGGGUGGGCAACGCCGACUUCACCGACAUGCAGAUCCUGGACGGGGACGACGGGGUGCUGCGCUCCCCCAAAGGAGAGCCCGUCCUCCGGGACAUCGUGCAGUUCGUCCCCUUCAGAGACUUCAAAACGGCCUCGCCCGCUGCCCUUGCCAAGUGCGUCCUGGCGGAGGUGCCCAAGCAGGUGGUGGAGUACUACAGCCACAAGGCCAUCUCCCCCAUGUGCCCGGUGCGGAGUGCCCCCAACUCCAUCGCCAACACCCCGGAAUAA